AUGUCAUCCGUCAUGCAUUACUAUCCAGUGCACCAGGCCAAGGUGGCCACUUACACAGCAACUCCCUCGGAGGUGAAAUACAGUGAUUUGAUCUACGGCCAUCAUCAGUCUGUGAACCCCCUCAGCCUGCCUGCCAACUACAGCCAGAUGAACUCCAACCCCACCACCCUCAACGACCACUGCUCCCCGCAGCAGCUCCAUCAGCAGCAGGUGUCCUCGGAUGAGAACCUGCCAUCGCAGCCCAGCCAGGACUCACAGAGGGUGAAGCUUAAGCGAUCCCGCACCGCCUUCACCAGUGUCCAGCUGGUGGAGCUGGAGAACGAGUUCAAGAGCAAUAUGUAUCUGUACCGGACGCGCAGGAUCGAGAUUGCCCAGCGGUUGUCUCUGUGCGAACGCCAGGUGAAGAUCUGGUUCCAGAACCGCCGCAUGAAGUUCAAGAAGGACAUCCAGGGCAACCGUGAAUCCAAGGCCAGCGCCAAGUUGGCUCAGCCCCAGGCGGAGCAGAGCGCCCAUCGUGGGAUAGUGCAGCGACUGAUGUCCUACUCCCAAGAUCCCAGGGAGGCCUCCGCGGCUGCAGAGAAGCGUUCUGUGGUGGCAGUGGCUCCGGUGAAUGCCCAGCCCGACUACGGCCAAGUCAAAAUCAAGACCGAAGUAAACACCAGCAACACGAUUAGCCACAGCAACAACAACAUGUGCUCCAGCACCGAUCUCAGCGAGAUCUUGGAGCACCUGGCCCAAACUACCCCUGCUCCAACCACCAGCAUUUCCCAUCCAGGAGCCAUUGCCAACUCCAGUUCCAGCUCCUCGUCGGGACACUACUCCUACAAUGUGGAUUUGGUCCUGCAGAGCAUCAAGCAGGAUUUGGAGGCGGCUGCCCAAGCCUGGUCCAAGUCGAAGUCGGCACCGCUUUUACCCACUCAGUCCUGGCAUCCGGUCUCCCAAAGUCAGAUCCCCACGAGCGUGCACGCGACUCCCUCUAUGAAUCUGUCGUGGGGCGAGCCCGCUGCCAAGUCCAGAAAGCUGAGCAUUACCCACAUAAAUCCCUGCGUUACCCGCUUCAAUUAUCCCAAUUGA